UGUGUGGUGUUGUGAAUACAGAUGUGUAAGUAUAUAUGUGUGUAUGAUCAUGGGACUGUAUAUGUGGAUGCUAACAGCACUUGCCCGUACAGUCUGUUAAGGCUACACGGGGGACCUUUGCCUUUAGGCCCUGUGUGCUGUAGUGUACAGUAAUGUACGGUCAUUCAGGUUCACCGAUUAUAUGGGAGUCGUGGUUAACCGUGGGAGUCGUGGUUUACCGUGGGAGUCGUGGUUUACCGUGGGAGUCGUGGUUUACCGUGGGAGUCGUUGUUUACCGUGGGAGUCGUGGUUUACCGUGGGAGUCGUGGUUUACCGUGAGAGUCGUGGUUUACCGUGGGAGUCGUGGUUUACCGUGGGAGGCCAGUUGCGUUUAGAGUAUUUGGCUGAUAUAAAUGUCGACAUGAUAAGCCACUUCGUUAAACUAUCAUUUGUGAUAUCCAGGUCGCUUCUGAAAAAAAGAGCUAUCUAGCUCAGGGUAAAAUAAAAACUAGUAAAGAGUCGAAUAGUUUUACCAUGUUAGUCCAGUUUACGAUGGGAUUACAGUUUAACAUGGGAGUCCAGUUUAACAUAACCCUAGGUGGACUAUGUAGCACUUAAUAAUUGAUUUAUUUUGGGAUCGGGUCUCGUAAUUAAAUGUGUGUCGUAAACCCUCCUCCACCCGACACAGCCAAUUAAUACAGUUGUCACGUGAAAAAAAGGCAACACUUUAUUACUGCUUCAAUGAGAAUACAGAAUUACGUAUUUAAAAUCUGGGCCACGCACGCAUGCGUGUAGGUCGUCUCAGCCUAAAAUAAGUUCCUGGUGCGGUGUGGUAAUUUAUCGUAGGCUCUGGAGGAGACAAAGACGGCCGGGAUUGCAUUGCGCUUUCAACGCCACUAGCAGCUCUUAACGCCGUGGAAAUGGAGCGCUUCACUCGCAGGACCCUCAAGGCGUGCACGAGAAAGUCGCGGGAGCUUCGCCUGGCGUACGAGUACGCCGUGCUCGCGCUGCGCUCCCUGGUGUACAACUCCGCCGUCGGGGAGGACUACUUGCUGGAACUUUUAUUCCAGCCGGUUUACUGCCUGGUGGACGCUGUGGUACCCUGGUUCGGGAAGGCGCUGGUGGUGACGGUGGCCCUGCUGACGCUCUCCGUGGUGCUGACCAUGUACGGCGUCGUGUACCCCUCCGUGCUACCGCGGGCGGGCCCGUGGGGCACCGCGCUGCACCUGGGCUACGGGCACUGGAACCUGGCGCUCAUCUCGUUCCACUACUACAAGGCCGUGUCCACGAACCCGGGGCAGCCCACGCAGGGGUCCUACGAUCGGGCCGAGGCGUCCUUGUGCAAGAAGUGCCUGCGAUGUCGACCUCCGCGAGCUCACCACUGUCGCGUCUGCUGCAGGUGCGUGCUGAAGAUGGAUCACCACUGCUACUGGAUGGACAACUGUGUGGGCCACUUCAACCACCGCUACUUCCUCAGCUUCUGUGUCUCCAUGACGCUGGGCUGCGUCUACUGCAGCGCGACCACCUGGGACCUGGUGACUCUCGGCGGUGACCCCGCGCCGGCGGACGCCUCCGACCUCCCGGACGCCUCCGACCUCCCGCGCUUGGACCCCUUCCGUCGAAACUUCCUCGUCUACGUCUGGGUCAUGUGCAGCGGGGUGAGCGUGAUCCUGGGCGUGCUCACGCUGUGGCACGCGCGACUCGUGACGCGCGGGGAAACGAGCGUGGAGCGGCGUCUCAACGAGAGGACGCGCGUGCACGCCAACGCUCGCGGGCAGGCACUGGGCCACGCGAGUGCUGCUGCCGUCCUCCCACCUUCCCGCGGGCGACGGAGCGUUGUGGAACGCGUGAUGUGUCCGGUCGCACCCAUUUCUUCUCUCCAUCCGGUCGCUUCAACGUCAGCCCCCGCAACAAACGGCAGCUUUUCAAUCCGGAACGAUCGCCGAUUUGUCAACACCAAGCUGGAGACGCAACGGCCCUUGCUUAGGGCCGUGGCGUGAAACGUGUGAGUUGGCGGCUGUGCCAAAUUGUGUUUGAAGUGUAGCUUUACUGCUGUUAUACGUGGGUACUUGUUUUAGUUCCAACCUGACCAAGCCAAGAGUGCGGAACGUCGGACAUCGUGCCAAACAGCAGAGGCGGUACAACCCAGAAUCACGCAUCCUAUGCAGUUUUUUGGCCAAUGCACCUUUUUGAAAAUUCAAGUUGAAGAUUUUCAUCUACUCUGGAGAAGGCUGAAUGUUUACAAAUCAAAAUAAGAGUUGAUGUAGUGCCUUGAAUUUACAUAGCCUUUUUUUAUUUUUACUUACACCUCAUAAUUGUAAUUUAAAA